UUUUCAUGUGUCAUUUAAAUCGAUUAUUAAAAGGCGAUUACUUAUUUAGUUCAAAUUAUAAAAGUACCCAAACGACAACAAUUUUUUUCAUGAUUCGUUUGUUUCAAAACUAACAUUUACUUUGUGUUGUUGGUUCAGAACUAUCAGAAUCAGUUCACUCUUCUGAUAUGUAUUCGCCCAAUGCUUUUUGUACAUUACUCGUUCUUUGUCCAUGUCUCCUCCUGCUAGAAGCUAAGCGAGAUUUUACAAUAGAUCUAUAUACUCUGAACAUAAGUGUUGCAGAUCGGACUCUAGUAAAAUCGGCCAAUUACCACCUUUAUGGUACGAAAAUAAUCUAUCUCGAUUUUAUAUUAACCAGAAGCCUUAAUGAUUUCGGCCUCAAGGCAUCUGUCGAUAUGAUAAGGAAAGAUAAUCGCUACAUGAAUGUGUUUAAAAUGGACACCCAUGGUUGUGAUGCCCUGAAGAGUUCCCACGAUAAAAUGAAUUUGCUAAAGGUUAUUUUUCGAGAAAUAUUCCGUGUCAGCAAUAUACCCAGGAAAUGUCCAAUUGCUGCGAACAAAAAGUACUUUAUCAACAAUUUCACCCUAAGGGAAGACGACUUUCCACCAAUAUUUCCGAGCCUAGAAUUCCAAAUGAAAAUUGAAAUAAGUGUUGAUAGGGAUGAGAAGGCUACCGGGAUUAUAAAAGGACGCAUCCGUAAAUAGUAAAAUUUUAAACAAUAAUUUUAAAUGUCACACCAACAGAGUUAAUAAUUAUUGUCAUAAAAAUACAUUCUUUUUAAAGCA